AAGUCUACUUUACUAAACGAACCCGAUACGCACAUAACAAGUGCCGAGAGAGGUUAAAAGAACUGCGUCUUUUAAACGCUGUGUGUCCCUUUUCUUUCUUCUUCUUUGCCAAUAUUUACCCUUUUUCUGCAACUCAGUGCUCAAAUUCGUUACUUCCCAGAAGAUGGCUGACCCAGAAUUGGAAGCUAUCAGGCAAAGGAGAAUGCAGGAGCUCAUGGCUCAACAGGGCGUGGGAACUCAGCAAAACACUGACCAGCAGAAAUCCCAAGAUGAUGCUAAAAGGGAGGCUGAUGAGCGAAGGCAAAUGAUGCUUACUCAGAUUCUCACUUCUGAAGCAAGGGCCAGAGUUGCUCGAAUUGCUCUUGUGAAGCCUGACAAGGCCAGAGGAGUUGAAGAUGUUAUACUCCGAGCUGCUCAAUAUGGUCAGAUCACAGAGAAGGUUUCCGAGCAGAAACUGAUAGAAUUACUUGAACAAAUCAACACCCAAACUACUAAGCAAACAAAAGUAACUAUCCAGAGGCGUCGCAAUGUUCUUGAGGAUGACGAUUGAGUGAUUCAGCAUAUGGCAGGCAUGAUAAUAUAGUGCUUUAUUUUGUAUUUAUAUGAGACACUUGAUUGUGGUGUGUAUUGUAAUACUCACAAACUUUGUCAAACUCUUGAGUAUUGAAUGUUCAUCUAUCAGUUUGGUACGGUUUUAAAAGAAUUUGAUAUUCAGUUUUCGAAAUGUUAUGGUUUGGAUUUUUACUU